AUGGCAGAUCGCCUCAUGGAGGUUUACUGGGAAUGUGUCUUCCCGCUAUAUCCAUUUCUUGUCCCGGCUGAGAUGAAAACGGAGUACGCGAAAAUAUGGACUGGGGAUAGCCUGGAGUAUGAUGAAAACAUGUUGAUGUGCACGUUGAAUGUCAUAUUCGCCUUGGCCAGUCAGUUGGCCGACUUUGUCCCGCCAAAAGAGCGAGAAGCAUCAGCGGAUGCUUUUUUCUCGCGGGCGAAAGGCCUGUUUCAAUUCAACCUCUGGGAUACUGGAUCAGCAGGUUUGAUUCAAUGCUUACUCCUCAUGGCCCAGUAUCUGCAAAGUACCGAUUCUGCACAUCAGUGUUGGAUUGUCACCGGACUUGCGAUCCGUAACGCUCAAAGCUUGGGACUCCAUCUGCCCCAGAACAUUGCCCGCCUCCAGGGCUUCCAAGAGCAACAGCUGGCGCGCAAAAUAUGGCACGGUUGUAUUUUAAUGGAUCGGGUCAUAUCUAUGACAUUUGGUCGACCUGCGAUGAUCUCAAAGGCUUCUAGUGGGGCGGUUCCCCUGCCAGCCACCGUUGACGAUGAAUAUAUCCCAUCUGGGUCUAGCAAAGAGGUAUCCCAGCCUCCUGAUCGGCCUUCAAUGAUGGCAUUCUAUGCUAAGUCAUUGGAACUUUACGAGAUCAUGAACGACGUGCUUCUUAGCCUUUACAAACCAGUUUCCGACGAUAAUGCGGAAGAUAUUCAUAGCUUCCAUUUUGAUAAUGUCCCAAGUGAGGGAGAACGGACUAUCUUUGAGCUUGACCGUUCCCUCACUCGAUGGACACAAAGGCUUCUCCCACACUUGCGUUGGGAUUCCUCAACAGUGUCCACGAAUCCCAUAUUUUACCGGCAAAGUAUUGUUUUGCGUGCAAGGUUUCUACAUGUGCGGAUGCUUCUGUUUCGGCCAACCCUCUCUAAGUACUGUGCUGUCCGGGAUAAUGCCACAACAGACCAAUUGAUCUCGACGAACGACUCCUUCCCCCACCGCGUUGCGCUGCAGUGCUCUACCAUAUGUGUGAAAGCAGCUCAAGAGUCUAUCGAACUAAUCUACAAUAAUGUCCCUGCUGAUGGGACCGGCGGCCCCUGCCGGCUUGGUGACGUUUAUACCUCUGCAACUGUCCUAAUUGCUGGCCGUUUGUGCUCUGCAAUCCUUGCCGAGGUUACAGAAAGCUCCAUCACGCAAUCUUGGAACUAUGCACUGGAGGUUCUUCGAAAAUACCAAAGUUAUAGCACAUCCGCUCGUCGAUGUGUGGCGGCUCUUGAAAUUCUCUAUGAACAAGUUACCUCCGAAGGUCUGCUGCCGAUCAACCACGUCGCGAGUCAUGAGAUAGGGACCAACGCAAGUGCAGUGAAUGAUAUGUCCUUGGGCGAAGGAAUGAAUGCAGCUAUCUUGGAUAGCUUUGAGUUUCCUGAUUUUCAAGAUAUGUCAUGGUUAAACAGUGUUCCGAGCAACCUUUUCUAG